AUGGGCAUCAUAGGAUCUUUACCAUCGAGGUGGUCAAGCGCAGCCGGGAGUGGUGGUGAUUCUAGUUCUUUAGACGUUACAGAGAUUCAUCCACACUUCGAGGACCACAAAAAUAUAUGUUGCAUUCCACCAUCUACGCCUUUGGCUGCGAAUUCCAAAGCGUUCAGCAAUACAACAUCAAGAACGUUGAUUGGCUCAAGCCCUUCCAAGACCGAUAGUGGUAGCACAGGAUCUUUAAACAGUACUUCCCAAGACUCCGCUCUCCGUUCCGAAGGCUCGAGACACACAUGUAAUGCCCACCGGCCCGUUAAUUCAGACGAGAAAUCACACGGUAGAAAGCGCAGCAUAGAGCCUAUAACAUCCGUUGAAUCAAAUCCAACCAAGAAGCGUAGAAUUGAUGAAGCGUUACCUAUCCAGAAAACCAAAGAACCUAACACCUUUGCUCCAUUUGCGAGUACCAGUAAAUCAAGUUCCACAGAUACUACUAGUACGCAAGCGAUCCUUUGA